AUGGCAGGCGAACAGCUCCGGUGGGACGGUCAGACCGUCGUUGUGACCGGCGCAGGCGGUGGUUUGGGAAGAGCAUAUGCCACCUUCUACGGCAGUAGAGGAGCAAACGUCGUCGUCAACGACCUCGGUGGCAGCUUCAAGGGCGAGGGCGGUAGUCAGACUGCGGCCCAGAAAGUAGUAGAUGAGAUCAACAAGGCCGGCGGAAAGGCAGUAGCCAACUACGAUUCGGUCGAGAACGGCGAGAACAUUAUCAAGACCGCCAUCGACAACUUCGGCCGCAUAGACGUGCUGAUCAACAAUGCCGGCAUUCUCCGCGAUAUCAGCUUCAAGAACUUGAAAGAUGAGGACUGGGAUCUUAUUAUGAAGGUGCACGUCGUUGGUGCUUACAAGUGCGCAAGAGCCGCAUGGCCAUAUUUCCGCAAGCAAAAGUACGGACGAGUUAUUAACACUGCAUCUGCCGCCGGGCUAUUUGGAAGUUUUGGUCAGACCAACUACUCAGCAGCCAAGCUUGCGAUGGUGGGAUUCACCGAGACACUUGCAAAAGAGGGCGCCAAGUACAACAUUCUCUCCAACGUCAUUGCACCAAUCGCUGCGUCAAGAAUGACAGCGACGGUCAUGCCAAAAGAGGUGCUGGAUGCCCUCAAGCCGGAGAUGGUCGUCCCUCUUGUUGCUGCCCUGACUCACUCUUCAACAAAACCUACUGAUAAUGGUGGAAUCUACGAGGUGGGUGGUGGACACAUGGCCCAGCUUCGUUGGGAGAGAUCCAAGGGUGCUCUGCUCAAAGCCGAUAACACCUUUACUCCUGGCGCAUUACUCUCCAAGUGGAGCGACAUCGAGGACUUCACAAACCCACAACACCCAACAGGACCAAACGAUUUUCUCGCUCUCCUGGAGSAGGCCCAGAAGCUGCCUCCAAGCCCCAAGGCACAGGAGCUGGACUUUUCGGGCAAGGUCGCUGUGGUGACUGGUGGUGGUGCCGGUCUCGGUCGCAGCUACUGCCUCACCCUGGCCAAGUAUGGCGCUUCAAUUGUCGUCAACGAUCUUGCGGACCCUGAACCGGUUGUUCAAGAAAUCAAGAAGCUCGGCGGCAAAGCAGCGGGUGUUAAGUGCAGCGCUGAAGAGGGCGACAAGGUUAUCAAGGCUGCAAUCGACGCCUUUGGUCGUGUGGAUAUCCUGAUCAACAACGCCGGAAUCCUCCGUGACAAGUCUUUCCACAACAUGGACGACAAGAUGUUCCACCAAGUGCUGGACGUUCACCUUCGAGGCACAUACAAGGCCUCGAAGGCGGCUUGGCCAUACAUGCUGAAGCAGAAGUAUGGUCGCAUCAUUAACACCACCUCCACCUCCGGUAUCUACGGCAACUUUGGACAGGCCAACUACGCGGCUGCAAAGUGCGGUAUCCUUGGUUUCUCACGCGCUCUAGCCCRUGAAGGCGAGAAGUACAACAUCUUUGUMAACACAAUCGCCCCCAACGCUGGCACCAACAUGACUCGCUCUAUCAUGCCAGAGGAGAUGGUCCAGGCGUUCAAGCCAGACUACGUUGUGCCGGUCGUGCUUAUCAUGGCCUCUGACAAGAUGCCGGGCAAGCCAACCGGCCGUCUCUUUGAGAGCGGUUCCGGUUGGGCUGGCGAGACCAGAUGGCAGCGAACCGCUGGUGCUCAAUUCCCCGCCACCAAGGAGCUCACCCCCGAGACUGUCUUGCAGUCAUGGUCAAAGAUCACGACCUUUGAUGGUAACUCCGACAACCCUUCGGAACCCUCAGCUGGUACCGAGAAGAUCAUGGCAAAUCUGUCCAACACUGGUAGCAGCGAGUCGUCCAGUGGCGAUGACUACAACGCCAAGAUCGCGGAAGCGCAGAAGGCACAGGCACAGGGUACCGACUUCACGUACGAUGAGCGCGAUGUYAUUCUCUACAACCUGGGCAUUGGAGCAAAGCGCACCGAGCUGCCAUUUGUCUACGAGAAUGACGACAACUUCCAGGUGAUCCCAACAUUUGGUGUCAUUCCCAACUUCAGCGCCGAGGCGCCAUUCAGCAUGUCCGAGAUUGUCCCCAAUUUCUCGAUGAACAUGCUCCUACAUGGCGAACAGUACCUCGAGAUUCGCUCGUUCCCAAUCCCAACCGAGGCUACACUCACCUCGUAUCCCAGGCUGGUGGAAGUGAACGACAAGGGCAAGGCCGCCGCUAUCGUCACUGGCAGCGUCACCAAGGACAAGCGUACUGGCAAGGAGAUCUUCUACAACGAGUCUACUGCCUUUGUUCGUGGCUCUGGCGGUUUCGGUGGACAGAAGCAGGGCAGCGACCGUGGUGCUGCUACCAAGGUCCACACUCCUCCCAAGCGCAAGCCUGAUGCCGUUGUCGAGGAGAAGACCAGCGAGGAACUCGCUGCAAUCUACCGUCUCUCUGGUGACCGCAACCCUCUCCACCUCGACCCUGAAUUUGCCAAGGUCGGCGGUUUUGACGUUCCAAUCCUCCACGGUCUUUGCUCGUUCGGUAUUGCCGGCAAGGCAGUGCUGAAGACAUACGGACAAUUCAAGAAUAUCAAGGUCCGAUUCGCCGGAACUGUUCUUCCUGGUCAGACUUUGAUCACGGAGAUGUGGAAGGAGGGUAACACCGUCAUCUUCCAGGUGAAGGUCAAGGAGACUGGCAAGCCAGCGAUCUCAGGCGCUGGUGCCGAGCUCGUUGAUUCCGGCAAGUCGAAGUUGUAG